GUCCUACAAGGGCAGAACAGACAACGUAUGCAGCCCUUCCGGAGGCGAGAGCGUUUCAGGAAAAGGUUGCCUUACCAGGACCCACUAGAAGGGAAAGUGGUCACGUGCACACGUUCAAUUACACGAGGGAGGCAACGUGAAAUGUAGGGAAGAGCCAAAGGAGGUGACAGACUGCGCGUUUCUAUCACUUCCAAGACCGCAAUACUUCUCACUGCGGGCCGUUCGUGCGUUUUCGGCCCCUGAGAUAAAACGAUUUGCAUGCACGUGUGAAUCUGCGGGGCGUCUGUGUAUAUGGAGCCCUCUCCCCAAAUAGUGCAACGCGGCUGUUUCUGGGGUGAAAUCAGUUCUUCUAAAUAUUUCUCCUGCAACCUUCCACGAGUGGUUAACCCGCUACGGCUACCUCCCUCAACCAGACCCAAGGGCAGCUCGCCUUCAAAGCCCAGAGGAACUGAAAAGCGCCAUCAGAACAAUGCAAAGAUUUGCAGGACUGCCUGUGACCGGGACGAUGGACCAGAAGACCUUGGACAUGAUGAGCCACCCUCGCUGUUCCCUUCCGGACAUUAUUGGCACCUCGGAGUUGAUGCGUCGCCGGCGCAGGAGGAGACGCUAUGCUCUCAGCGACAGUGUCUGGACAAAGACCAGCUUGACAUGGCACAUCCGUUCCUUCCCCCGCACCUCCCAGUUGAACCCCUACAAAGUCCGGGAACUCAUUUCCCUCGCCUUCCGGGCCUGGAGCCGUUCCUCAGCUUUGACCUUCCGAGAGGACACUUCUGGGCAAGCUGACAUCGUGGUGGACUUCAGCCGCUCCUAUCACGAAGACAGCUACCCUUUUGAUGGGCCUGGAGGCACCCUGGCCCACGCCUUUUUCCCUGGGGAACACCCCAUUUCUGGCGACACUCAUUUCGAUGAUGAAGAGACAUGGAUACAUGACCCGGACAACAAGUAUCCAGGUCAAGGCACAGAUCUCUUUGCCGUAGCAGUUCACGAAUUUGGCCAUGCCUUGGGGCUGUCUCAUUCUUCCAUCAAGGAAUCGAUCAUGAUGCCCUAUUACCAGGGACCUGUUGGGUCGCCUGAGCUCUACCAGCUGCCACAGGAUGAUGCCAUGGGGAUUGAACAACUCUAUGGUAAGCGUCCAUCAGGUUCAUACCCAGAUUCCGAUAUCCCAAAAUUUCCAGUCCCCACAGACCUUCCAAUCCCUGACCUGCCACCCGACAGACCCACACAAGGGCCACGUCCACCAUCACCUGAUCGCUGUGAGGCCCGGUUUGAUGCUAUCGCCAACAUCCGUGGGGAAGUUUUCUUCUUCAAGAAAAAACAUUUCUGGAGGCUGCAACCAAGCCAGCACCUGGUUUCCCUAGAGCCGGCACAGACGCUGCGGUUUUGGAACGGGCUUCCCCAGGAUUUCAAGGCCAUUGAUGCUGCCUAUGAACGGGCCAAUGACAGCCAAAUUGUGUUCUUCAUUGGGCCCCGCUUCUGGGUUUUCACUAAUACUCAGGUCAACCCGGGCUACCCCCGUCCUGUGUCCGAUCUUGGCCUCCCUCCCCGCACUGUUGUGGGUGCCGUUUUUGUGUGGCCUCACAAUGGCAAGACGUACCUCUUCGAAAAGGACCAGUACUGGCGCUAUGAUGAUCGGAUGGGUCGGGUGGAACAGGGAUACCCCAAGCCUGUCAGCCUUUGGAAAGGAGUACCUAAUGACCUGGAUGAUAUCACAAGCUGGAACGAGGGCGACACUUACUUCUUCAAGGACACCCAGUUCUGGAAGUUCACUGGUGGCAGCGUGGAGUCCGACGCCGGCUACCCACGUUUCAUUUCCCAUCACUGGCUGCACUGCGAGGGCCCUGCCACGUCCCCCCCUCCCUCCCCACGGCAGGGGCCAGAGAAGGGGAUGUGCCUCUGUGGGGCAGCAGCCCCAAAGGCAGCCCCUGUCUUGGCCUUCGGGAUCCUGGCCUUCCUUUGGGCUGUGGGCUGCUGACCUCCCUUGGGCAGCUAUCAAAGUAUUGAGAGACUAAUGCACUUUAUAAUACCCAAAGGAAGGGACCUGCUGGGAAGGGAAUGUGGUGUCCCUCCCCAGGAACAGUCUCGGAGCCAAAGCUUUCCCUUCCUUCCCACCCAUCCGCCUUCGAUGGUGCUCUCACCCCUUCCAACCUGCUUGGCCCCUCUCUACUCCUCCCCACACCCCACAAUUCCAUGCUUAGUUGUUGGUUUGUUAUAUUAAAAAAUAGGUGCUAAGACUGCUUGCAGGCCACACCCACUGACCUGAAAACUCUUCCCCCUAGUCCCAGGUAUGUGGUGACGGUCUGAUUUCUCAGGGGUGAAGGAAAUGCACUCUGUACCUGUUCAGAGGCACUCUCCUUUUUAAAAACCAUUACUUCACACAGCGCAAGCCUGGAUUGGGGAUCAAGCCCUGCCCAGUUUAAAUCCUCUAUCUAGCCUCAGUUAUCCCCAUCGAUCUGGCGAUGCCCCUUCCUUGCCUUUCUCCCAGUGGGAGACAUAUGGAGGGCUGAAUCAUCAGCUUAAAUCAGGGCUUAAGUGCAGACCUGGCGCUUAAGGUGUUUUCAUGUGCAUAGAGAUAGGUGAGUUUAGUGACAUAGGAUUAAUGAGAAGAUGCGCUUUAUGACAAGGCUGGGGGGGGGGGAGAUGUGGCUUUCCCCCUGCAAAUACAUCACCAAAGAAGGCCUUCUUUCUGGGUGGCACUUGCCCACACUGUGACAAUAGCCACGUGCGAACUUGUGGCACAAAACACAAAUCAGAGCAGCAAUGUACGCAUUCAAAAAACCUCCCUCUCCCUUCUCAGAGCCAAUGCCAAGAAAAUAUAACAAGGGUGAUUAAGUUAUUGGGUGAUUUAAAAUUUGGAAUUGGUGACGAGGGGUCAUGUAAACAGGUGUGCCUUGGCCUCCAUUUUUAUAAUAAAAUCUUUAAAACACG